UGCCCUUAGUGUAGAUAAUCAAGCGCACCGACCGGCAAAUCGAAAGUUUUGGAAGAAAUUAGCAAAAUUGCAUCCAUAUUUGCUUCUCGAUUGAGACUUUCAUUUAAAUUGUUACAAAUACAACAUCCUUUCGCUUCUGUAUUUGCAAAAAUGCCACCAAAAAAGAACGUAAAGACCUCUAAAUCACCAGAAAAGUCUGAAGAACAAAGUACAGAACAGACUGCUGUAGUACAGGCUCAAAGUCCAAAGAAGAGGGGCAAGAAGGCAGAAAAAGAAACUGCAGAUGGAGAACCAACCUCUAAAUCACCAGAAAAGUCUGAGGACCAAAGUGCAGAACAGACAGCUGUAGCUCAAAGUCCAAAGAAGAGGGGCAAGAAGGCAGAAAAAGAAACUGCAGAUGGAGAACCACCUGCAAAGAAGUCGAAGUCUGCAAAGGCAGAGGAAAAGACAAAACUACGUAAAGAGUCGUCCUUGACUAAGGGAAUGGAUUUCUCACACGAUUGCCAGACAACGGAUGGAAGAAAACCCAACUGGAAGAUUGCCUCAUGGAAUAUCAAUGGAAUCAGAGCUUGGAUGGAUAAAGGAGGUCUGUCGUACAUCGCAGAUGAGAAGCCAGAUAUCCUGUGUGUCCAGGAGACCAAAUGUGCUCAGGAAGAUCUUCCAGCCGAUGUCAAAGUCGACGGUUACCAUGACUACUGGUCCUCUGCUGAACAGGCUGGCUAUGCUGGCACAGGCAUAUACAGCAAAACUAAACCCAUUAAUGUCACUUAUGGACUAGGUAUUAAGAAGCAUGAUUCAGAAGGUAGAGUGAUCACAGCAGAGUAUGACAAGUUCUUCCUCGUUACUGCUUAUGUGCCAAACUCAGGACGCGGUUUACCUCGGUUACCAUACAGAAGUAAAGAAUGGGACGUAGACUUUAGAGAGUACCUCAACAAUCUCAACAAAACCAAACCAGUCAUAAUGUGUGGUGACCUCAAUGUUGCUCAUUUAGAAAUAGAUUUGGCAAACCCAAAGACCAAUAAAAAGACAGCAGGUUUCACAGCUGAGGAGAGGCAGGGAUUUACUGAUCUGUUAGCGGAGGGAUACAUCGACUCAUACAGGGAGCUGUACCCAGAAACUGAAGGGGCUUACUCCUUCUGGACCUACAUGGGAAAUGCAAGGGCCAAAAAUGUUGGAUGGAGACUUGACUACUUCGUGUUAUCAGAGAGGUUGAAGGAAGAUCUGUGUGACAGCGUUAUCCGUAAAGACGUUAUGGGAAGUGACCACUGUCCAAUAGUUCUCUAUAUGGCCUUGAAAGAAUAAAAAAAAAACUGGUUUCUCCAUGGACUUGAAAUUAAAUAGACUGGUCUCUACAUGGCCUUCAGAUAACAUAGACUGGUUUAAAUCACGACACAUGUUGAAAAGCAGCCAGAAAAUAUGUAGGACAGUAGAUUUAGUAGGUCAAAUAGAGCUUUGUCUGAUAUUGAAGAUUUUCUGUCAGCAGUAUUAAAAACAAGACAUGUAAAAUAGAAUUUGAAGCCAUUUUAACUUUCUUAAAGGAAGUCAUCUAUCUUUUCUUUGAUUCUGAUAAAAUAUGAUUUUAUGAAAGAAAGUAUUUUCUUAAAUAGAAAAUAAAAUUUGUACAGAUCGUUUACUUCUGACAAUGAAAUUUUACAAGGCGAAUUUUAAGUUGCUCUUUAAGAAUGGCUUAACUUGCUAAAGAAGACUGAUAGAAUUUCUUCUUUUGUAAAGUAACCAGCUAGCUGAAUAUUUGUUAAUAUGUCUAUCUACAUGUUAACUAAAAUAAAAUGGUACAGCAUUAAAGUUUGUCCCACACUCUUCAAAACACCUUUAAUUUUGGCAGUAUUAUUGUGUAUUUUGUGUGGUAGUUUUAGCACUUUAUAGAACACUGCCAGGAUGUAUAUCUUUUUCUACACUUUUAGUGAUUGUAUUUUCAGAUACUAAGAAAUUUUGACAAUAUUUAUGCUAUUUUGAUACAUUUUUGACUUGCAUUUCAAAUUUUGAAAUGUAAACCAUUUAAAAAAUUAGAUCUGUAAGUAUCUGAAGAAAUCAGGUAUGUUAAGUUUUAUUGUCAGAGUAAAAUUUACUUGUUUAAGUGUAACGAAUUCUUAUUUUGAGACACUCUUUUUUUUCCAUUAUACCAGUUAUUUGGUAUAUUCGUAAUCGAACUGUUUCAUACAUCACAGUGCUGAGAUGCAGAAAAACUAAAACAUGUUCAUUGAUCACCACCACCAUUUGUCAUGUUCAACAUUUGAUACAAAUGUUAAGGGAUUCACACUUCUCUUUGAAUUAGGACUAAAUUGCCAGCAGGGCAGUAAAAUGCACUUGACAGUUUUGCAUAAAGUCAUUGAGUAUAUUUGGCAUCAUUAGAUAAAAUGUUUUGAAGUUCAUACAUCUGUUUUUCUUAAGUACUGUAAAACUAGACAUUUUUGGGAGGGAUUUAUUUUCACUGUAUUUGCUGUUUGCAUUCGCGAAAUUAAAUACAUAUGCUGGUGAAAGUCAUUGUUGCUACAAAUAGCCAUAUUUGUCUAAUAAAUUCCAAGUACUCUACAACUUUUAAUUUGAAAUAUAGUGGACAUUUAGUAUCGCAAAAAUGUCUGAUUUUACAGUUUUUGCAGUCAACGUAAAUUGGGGCUUGUAGGCUUACAUUUGAUUUGGUAGUGUUCACCCUAUAUAAAUAAAGGAAUUGCAAGAAAAAAGUAACUCAUCAUUGUAGCAUUAUCUUUCUUACUGUAACUUAUCCUACAUAUUUUUACCUAGUUUCCUGCUGAAUAUAACAAGUAGAAGUGUGUCUUUUUUGUAAGCAAUGGGCACAUUGACAAUGCAGCUCAACCUAUUGCAUUCCUUCCCAACAUACCAAAAAUGAUUUAGUCAUGCUAUCCCCACUUCUCUGACCUAAAAUUAUGUUUCCUUUGAUAAGCUGUAGCAAAAUUGAUUGGUCAUUCAAAUGUAUAUAGUUGUUUUUAAGUCACUGUUGUAAUAACCAUGUUGUCUACUUUUUGUCUAUUUUUUAUUAAAAAUAAAAAAAAUGUGAAACAUA